AUGGAGGAUUCGGAUGUACCAAAGAAAAAUGACGAAAAAUGCCCGCUUUGUCGAGCUGAUCGUUACUUAAAUCCCAAUAUGAAAUUGCUCAUUAAUCCAGAAUGCUAUCACAAAAUGUGUGAAUCUUGCGUCGAUAGAAUCUUUACCACUGGACCAGCUGCUUGUCCGACUCCAGGAUGCGGCAAAAUCCUUCGAAAAGCCAAGUUUCGUGAACAGACCUUUGAAGAUGCACAAAUAGAACGGGAAAUUGACGUUCGCCGGAGGAUUGCUAAAAUCUUUAAUAAGGGUCAGCAAGACUUUGAGUCCUUACAAGAAUACAAUGACUAUUUGGAAGAAGUUGAGAAUUUGACUUUCAACUUAAUUUAUCAAGUCGAUGUCGAAGAAACCGAAAAAAGGGUCCAACAAUACGAAAAACAAAACCGCGAGUCAAUUGCACUUAACUCCGCACGAGCUGCAGCUGAAUCUCGGUUGUUUGCUCAAAAUGAAAUUCUACUAAAGAAACAAAAACAAGAAGCUAGAGAUGCUGUUGUUAGAGAACAUGAGUUAGAACGAGAACGGCGAGAACAGGUUGAACAGCAAAUCAUCCAUGACUUGGCUACGUCUGGUAAAGAUCCAAAUAAAAUUGUGAAACUUACAGAGACGCUCAAAAAGCAUCGGGAAAAAAAAGAUUCUCCACAGCUCGAUCCUUCACGAUCUUCUGCUUUGUAUCCCGGUCUUCAAAACUUGGCCUUACGAAGGCUUAAAGAAGAGCAGAUGCCUUUCAGCCCGCUUGCGGGUGAACGAAACACAAGCAAAUAUUAUGAUUAUUCUAUUGAGAACUAUAACGACCCCUUUAUGGAUAAAAUAACCAAGGAACCAAACCGGUCAAUUGGUUUUAGAGUGGAAGAUUGUCAUCUUCGUUGUUUAUACGAAGCGUUUAGUGGUCUUGAUUUCGAUCUUACAGAAAUUAAUCCCCCAACCAAAACCGACUCGAAUGUUCAGGCAGCCACGAUGAGUACUUCAUAA